GUCCGAUCGGAACGGAAGGUGGCGGCGGCUGCUCGUGCAUCUCGACCAGCCGGAGUGGAGUCAGUUUUUCACUUGCUCUCAUCCGAUACGGUCGCAUCUGUCCCGAGGUCCGGAACUUUCCCACCCGAAUGUUGUUAUUACCGGAUGGAUAUUUUUUUUCUCUCUCGACACAGGGAAAAGGUGUUGUCUAGCGGAUCCUUUUUAACGCCCGAUUGUAUGCAAUAGAUUAUCGUCGCUUGUGGUGCGAUUUGUAAACAUUACUGCGUGAAGGGUUUGCCAAAGGAAAGUGCUGGUCCAAUUUUCGAAUUUUCAUCUCCACACUCGGAGAUGGAACUGCGAUGAUUAUGCGACAAUAUCGAUUCGUAAUGGUGUCAGUUUGUGUUCCUUUCUAGUGCUGAAUGAGCAUCGCACGGGUACGGCGGAUAGCAAGGGCGGCGAAAAUGAAAAUCAUCUACAAUGUUGCAUAAAUUACAUAAUCUGCUUCUUCGUUGACCGGCGAUUGAAGUGGGAUAGAGUGGAUUGCUUUGAUUAUCUGUCGGUUGCAUAAAUUGGAUUACCCAUUGGAUCCUUUGGUGACGAACGCGAUACAGAGAAAGAGAUAGAGAGGGAGAGUGUGAUGUCGUGUUUUGCUCCCGUGACGAAAUUCAUGGCAUGCUACAUAGUCUGGAAGUGAGAAAUUCUCACACGUGUGAUAUGUGCUAAAUGAAUCUUCAUCGAAGAUAUGUUUUAAGUGGAUUGUGAAUUGAAUCAUUGGAGUCAAUUCAGCAUGAACAAACGUGUGCAAGUCUUCUCUGAGUGACGUGACGAAUUUCGAACCGAGGAGUGCUUCGCAUCGUAUAUGUCCCAGAUGACACCGGAAAAAAUCCAUUAGGAAUAUCCACUUAAGACAAAAAAAAACACGGUUCUAGAGUCAGUCGGACAAGCGGCUCAACUGACGGUUCAAGGUUUGCUUUGUCGAUAGUUUGGUGUAGAUCUGGUGGAAGUGGGUCUCUCGUCUGUCUGGGAAUGAGUGGUGAUUGAUGGAUCGAUGAUCCACCUUAUAGGUGCCGAAAAGUGGAUUGGUCCGCAAGCAUCAUAGGAAUAUGUAUCAAGCCAGCCACUUGGCUCCUGGUGGACAGUGUGCAAAACCCGGAUUGGCUGAGAAGUGAAUCGCAGUAGUCGUUGAAGCGUGGUGUGAAAAGAUUAAUGAUACGGAUCUACUCUUCUAUUGAACCCAGUAGCCGGGAGACAAGUUUUUCUUCGUAGAAUGGGAAAGGAAGCAACGUUGGCAAUAAAGAAAAAGAAAAGUGUGUGGUGAGAAGCAUUAACGAUGAUAAUGAUGUCCCUUCGCUGGUGGCGCGGCUAGAAUAGCGCUGGAGUGACAACAGAGAGCGAGUGAGAGAAAGCAGAAUAAUAAUACGAUUAUAAAUUAAAGCUGCCAGCAGCUGUUUGUGUCAAGUGGAAAAGAGGGCGCGUGCAGUGGAAUCUGACAGUUCGGGUGUUGUUAUUGUUACAGUCUAUGGUGAUGCUGCUGCGUAGUUGCUGAAGCAAGGUGCCCUGGAGCUGUUCUGAACGAGCGUUUGAAUAGCAGCGCAGUGGAUCGAAGGCCAAUAUUCAAAACUAUUGGAAACAGAACCCACAGCACAUUUCGAACAAGUUGUAUAUUAUCGUAACGCUAGGAAGGAGGAAACUGGCGAAAAUCCAUUCGCCAGCAUCAGCAACAAUAGACCGGUAAGAUGUGUCACUUCCGCCCUGUAGCGAUCCAAAGGACAAGCAGACCAACAUGAUGCAUCGUUGGUGGCCGAAACUGGGGCAAACACAGCCCUACUACAAGUACCUAUGGCGCUGCUGGCUACUGGUCGGUCUAGUUCUUCUGCACCAGAUUAGCUACGGACGAAUGGAGGAAAUACUUCGUCUGCGGGCUGGAGAAUCAGGAAGAGGAGGAGGAGGAGGUCACCGACAACCCCUGCAACAGCUGGAAGAACAAGAAUUCAGCUCGGCCUCGUCGAACGAGAUCGAGUGUCCGAGUUUUGCGGAGAACUCGGCCUGUCCUUGCUACAAGUUUGAGGAUGGACUCUUUCUCGAGUGUCCCAGCAUAACGGCGGAAGCGCUACGCUCCACACUGCAGCUUAUAUCGGCCCCCAUCCAGUCGCUGUCCGUGUACGAGUUCGACCGUUCGGUAAAGUCACUAACCGCAGACCUGUUUGCUCCAGCGCACUCACACUUGGGUGCGGUCCCCAGUUCGACUGGCGGUGGCAGCGAUGUCAACAUUCGACAUCUUCAGUUCUCCCACUCCAAUCUGCAGCAGCUCAAGGAGCAGAGUUUGAAUAACUUACGAGCACAUCUCGAGAGCUUAAGUAUUGUAAAUGGAAAACUGACACAAGUGCCCACAAAAGCCCUCAGCGGCAUGAAGAAGCUAAUGGUGCUGGACUUUGAGCUGAACGAGAUUGGUUCGGUUGAGGAGUACGCCUUCUACGGUUUGCACUUGGUCAAGCUGAACCUGAAGGGAAACCGGCUGGAGCGGAUUCCGGAGAAUGGCCUAGUCGGACUAGAGGACUCACUGGCGGAGAUUGACUUUUCCGAGAACCGGCUAAAGCAGUUCCCAACAGCUGCUCUGAAGCGAUUGGAAAAUCUCCGGUCGGUGCGGCUGUCCAUGAAUGAGAUUAACUCGCUGGAGCAGGACGAUAGUUACGCCCGGUUUGGAUCGCUGGUGUUUCUGGAUUUGAGUUUGAACAAUUUUGUUGAGCUGUACAGUGAUGUGUUUAAUCCGUUUCCGUUCCUGAAGACGUUAUCGUUGUAUAAUAAUUUCAUCGAACUGGUGCAUAGGGAUAGUUUUGUGUCGUUGAAGGAGCUCCAAUCGCUAGAUUUGAGCCAUAAUAAGAUAGUGUUUGUGGAUGCGGAAGUGUUUGCGGCCAACAGGAAGCUGCAUACGGUGGACCUGAGUCACAACCAUAUACACUACGUGAGUGGUGUGUUUUCCAAUCUGCCUCUGCUGAGGGAGAUUUUCCUGAGUGAGAAUAAUAUCCUAGAGUUGACGGAUGACUGUUUUAAUAACUCGAGUAGUGUUAAGGUGAUUUAUUUGGAGAAUAACUCAAUUCAAAGGGUAGACGCGGAUACCUUGUCGACGUUGUUCAAUCUGGAGCAGCUGUAUCUGAGUGGAAAUCACAUUCAGCGAGUUCCGGGAGGGUUCUUCGAAACGACAAGUAAACUCCACGCGCUUAGCUUAGAUAACAAUAUGAUAAGUGAAUUAGACGUAAGACUUUUGCGACGAUUGCCGAAUCUGCGGGAAGUUCGGUUAAACGAUAAUCAAAUUAGACUUAUUAAAGAGCAACUAUUUUCCGGGCUGGAAAAUUUAAUGGAACUUCAUUUGCAAAAUAAUGCGAUCCGAGUGAUUGAAAGAUACGCCUUCAAACACUGUCAGCAGCUCCAGUAUAUCAAUUUGCAGGAGAAUGUACUGGAUGAGAUUGACACUAUUUUCGCCUACACUGCUGACGCAUCAGCGCCCAAUCAUCUCCAGCAACCCCUAACGGCGCGGGGAAAACUUAUCACAACGAAAACCGGUCCCGGUAGCGAUCCAUCAUCGUUUGGUAAUUUGGGCAUAACGUCCGAGUCAUCCUCGUCAUCGUCGUUACUUUCAAUUCAAUUAAAUUCCAAUUCCAUCAAGUAUCUUCACGAGCACUCGUUUCAAGGCCAGACCAGUGUGCAGACAAUUUGGUUGGAAAAUAACAUGCUUAAAAAUAUCGACAAGAUGCUGUUCGCUGAUUUGAUACACUUGGAGCGACUUUAUUUGAAAAAUAAUUCACUGGCCAACAUCGAACUGGGUGCGUUCGAUUCCCUUCGGAUGUUGAAAUAUCUGGAUUUGAGUGCAAAUCGAUUAUCCAGCUUGAAUGCGGAGCUUUUCAGAAGUACAUUAGAGCUCGAUGAGCUCUAUUUAGGUGACAAUCAUCUUGAAAAAUUAGGUGCAAACGCGUUCGGUGCUCUUCACAAGCUUCGAAUAUUAGAUCUGAGCUACAAUCAGUUGGGAGUGCUACAGUCGAACGUUUUCCAAUCAAACUUUUCCGUCAGUGUGAUUAAUCUGAAGGCAUGUGGGCUGACCCAACUCGAACCGGGUGCCUUCAAGGGGCUGCAUAAUUUGAACGAGCUAAAUUUGGAGCAGAAUCAGUUGGCAUCGGAAGACAUCAAACAGAUCGACGCAAGUUCUUUGAGAACUUUAAGGCUUUCAGCAAACAAUUUUUCUGUGAUACGAGUAAACAUGUUGGAUCGGCUACCUUCGCUGCAAGUUUUGGCUCUGGAUCGGUGUUCGAUUCGUGACCUGUCGUUUAUGUUGUUUAAUAAAAAUAAUAAUCUAGUUAAAUUGGACCUUAGUCACAAUCACCUUCGAACGUUGAAACGAAAUAUUUUCAAUAAUUUAAAUGUGUUUAAAGAACUGCGGUUGCACAAUAACAGCAUCAACGAUUUUCCACACGUAGCUCUAUCCAACGUCUCAACGUUGGAGCUAUUAUCUUUGUCGAAGAAUCAGCUAACCAGUGUGGACUUUUUCAAACUAAAUGGUCUUCCGAAUCUUCGUCAACUGGAUCUUCGGGACAACAGUAUUUCCUCCCUGUCCGGCUUCAACACCAUCACUCUACCUCAUCUGGAUAUGAUCGAUCUUAGUGGAAACCUUCUGCUAGCUCUUCCGGAGAAUUUUUUCAAGCACUCAAUCACCCUCCAGCGAAUAGACUUAUCCUGCAAUCGAUUCAGUCAAAUCCCGAACGCUGCUCUUUCGGAAUCAUCCCUUGCCCGUCUCGCUUGGCUAAAUCUCACCGGUAACCCGUUGCAACGAAUACAUCAAAGCAUGACCUCCGAUUCCGAGCAACGACGCUAUCCCCAUCUGAAGGAACUGCACAUCAGCCAAACGAAUCUAACGAUUCUGACGAGUAAGGACUUUGAAAUUUACCCUGCCUUGCAGCGACUUUACCUGCUACACAACCGAAUCAACCGAGUAUCUCCCGGCGCUUUCGUCGCCUUGGCAAACCUGCAGAUUUUGGACCUUAGCAUUAACGAAAUCGAAAUCCUGCCUAAAGAACGGCUCCAGGGACUACGCUUGCUGGAGAUUCUUAACAUAUCCACCAACAACAUCAAAGAGCUGGACGAAUUUACCGACGAUUUGCAGAAGCUGAAAUUCUUGGAUGUCUCCUCCAACCAGUUGGAAAGGAUCCAGAAAAAUACGCUGCGCCACUUAGUGGCGCUACAGGAACUGCAUUUGUACGGCAAUCGAAUCAUCAGCGUUUCGUCUGAUGCAUUCCGAUCGCUGAGAAACCUCCGAACGUUGGAUCUGCGCAAAAACUAUUUCGAGUAUGUUCCGCUGAGGGCGCUGAAACCGUUGGAGACGCAUCUCAAGGAACUGCGGGUCGAAGAAAAUCCCCUGGUCUGCUCGUGCGAUACCCAGGAACUGUGGGAGUGGCUAAGUGACCAUCGAAAGUGGACCACCGGGUUCGACAAUGUCAAGUGCGAACAACCACCGGAAGUGCAGGGCAAAAAUCUGCUGACGAUGGAACCACAAGAAUUUUGUGACAUUCCGCUAAUACUGAAAAUUGCCAUACAGGAUAUACAGCCCUACUCGGUGCUGGUUUCAUGGCAAAGCAGGGAACAUUCCGGCCUCCAUGGGUAUCAUGUGAUAUUCCACUCGCUGGACACGGUGGAGGAUAUCCGUGGCAGAACGCUUAAUCGGUUGGCCAACUCGGCCAAACUGGAUCGCCUAUCGUCGAACACUCGCUAUCUGAUCUGCGUCCUCGGGCUGGGAAACUGGCUGUCCUAUCAGAGCGACAUCCAAAGUCUGCUGAACCAGUCGAACCAGAUCCAGAACCAAAUUCUGAAUAACCACCAGGGCUUCAUGAGCGAGGAGAUGGACAGCACCUCCUUCUCCAACACGCUGCUCUCGUUGAUGAUGGAUACUCCGACUUCGCGGUGUACGGAGGUACGCACUCUGGAUGCUAUCGGGCCCAAUCCGAUGGCGGAGGUGGAUGGAAUGUCCAGCCAAGGCAUUAUCCAUUCGAUCCUGACCCGUCGGUUGGGACUGAUUGUCGGGUGCUGUUUGGGAAUUAUCGUGUUUAUAGUGCUAAUUUCGGUUCUGGGUUAUCUUAAAAUCAAGAAACAGCGGGUGGAGGCGGCAAAGCGGCAGCAGCAGCAACCAAUGGCGCCGGAGUUUAUUUCGUAUCGGCAUUUUUCUAUUCCUAACGACGAACACGGUCGUGAUGGGGUGGCCGGUGGUGGAACGAACACCUUCCUGCACGGCAAUCACCAGCAGAUACAGACCAGCGAUGGUCACCCCAGCUUUAUAUCCGGAGCAGUGUUGGGGACAACCACGACCCUGAAUGGUGGCAGCACCACUCUCGGUGGCAUCGGCGAGGAUCGGGGGAAGGUAUUCGACAGUUGAAACAAUUAGGGGACCACCCUCGGUAGUACGACCGGGUGAGGCUUUGUCAAUUAGGUUGUUUGAGUUUGCUGUUACCGGGGUUUUUAGCACUCUCAGUUUCUAGUCACGGGAGAACUUUUUGUUGUUGGAAGAAACAAUGGGGAAUCGAAACAACGAGCAAAAUCACAUUUAAGUAAUACAAAUCAAAGUAGGCAUUAUUAAUAUUUAGCAGCGAAAUCAAAAAAGUGUUAAUAAGCUACCAAUCAUCAUAAAUCAAAAGAGGGAAAAUCAAAGCAGCCGGAAAUUUACGAGCAGCACUUCCGUGCUGUGUAAAUAUACAACACACAGCAUAGGCGGCAGGUUGGGGAAAACUUUCAUGUUUCCGUACGCCCCCCAGGACAGACAGGCGGGUGGGUUUCGGUCAUUGAAUAAAGAGUAGGUUCAGCUGGAGUCGAAGCAGGCAAAAACAAGAAGCGUGAAAGUGUUUUGAUUAAAAACACCGAUCCAGUGUGUAAAUAGAGUGUAUUCAAAGGGAAAAAAAGUGGCAAAUCUAAUAAACCGAUGAUGAGGGUUGUUGCGGGAGGCGGAAGGAAUGAUUUAUUUCGGCAAACAAAAAUAAAUAGACGGAAAGUUUGAUGGGAAAACAAGCAACCGACGGUAGGUAAAUCAAUUUUAAAUUGCGAUCGCAUGCUUGCUCGACUAUGAGCAACAGAUAAUAAAGUCGACUUUUCCGCCGAAAAAGAAACCAACAGGAGUUGUUUUGAUUGUUUUUAGCUUGUUUAAAUUUUUUAACGUCUGCAUCCCGUUCUACCAGGCUAAUUUUUAUUCACACAAGAACACGGAAUUUUUUUCUGCAGCCCGUUUUGGCCGGUCUAAGCAUGCCAUGGAAGAACAAACUGGAUUCAAAAUAGGAAAGCGACAUCACACGUUAUAAACACUAUAGAACCGCGUUGAAGCGUGUGCACGUAAUCUGUCACUUUGGCACUAUGUUCGUUAAGUAGCACACUGGAAAUUGAUUUUAAGUUUCCCCGUCGCAGGUCUGCAAAGAUGGGAAAUAAUUACUGCAAGUUCAUACACGGUGCUGCACUGUGGAAGACCGUGAACUUUGCUGUUGAGUGUAUGGUGCUGUUUGAUGUUGGAAAAUGUCGCUGACAAUUCGGAAUGACUUUCGGAAUUGACAGAUGUUCUAUUUAUGUUUCGCUAAGUCUACUACAAAAUGAUACGUUAAGCGCGUUGAAUGGAGAUUAUUAGAAGAAUAAUUCUGUAAAUAUUUGUUGAAAUUGUUUUCUAUCUUACUCUAUAUAGAUGAUGAAUGAGUUGAUUAUGAGUGCUUCUUUCGGAGCAAAUCGGGUGUUCCUUUCAACCUCAGUCUAGAUCAGUGCAAAGCAUGGCUUGCUGGGGUAAUGAACAUAUAGAAGUAUAAGUGAGGAACUGUCAGCGGAAAACAACCAACCAUAACCUAGUAGGCGAAUUAUGAAAAACUCUUUUUUUAAAUAAGGUAAAAAAACACAUGAAAUUUUAGAAAUUUUGAUGAAUAAAACUACAACACUGACUAAACGAAAAUCAAGCAUCCAAGAUCGGAGGAGUGCAAAUUUGUGAAUAAAUUACUGCAGAACGUGACGUACUAAUGGAGGGAAGCUGAAGAGUGAAAUUAAUAAAUAAUAAUCAAUUAUAAAAA